UAAUAAACUUGCCAAUCAUUAGAGAUAAUACAGAAAGUUGUAAGUUUGAAAGCUUCUGGCGUAAGAAAAUUACAUACAAAAAUGGCUCGACUUUUCCUACACGUUACUGUUUUCGUCAGUGCAUUAGUAGUUGUAAGUCAUCAAUCUCCGCAAAGAGACUAUUCGAAACCUCAAAUUACCAGUUUUGCCAGCCCAUUUGCACCCCCAAUGCCAGGGUCAGGAAUGGCACAAUUUUCAAACCCUUUGGAGAAGAAAGGACCAAUUGGGAACGUUAUUGCAAACGCGAAGGGCGAAGGUGGCAGUACAUCUGCAAAUGGCUAUUCAGCAAUUGGUGGGAAUGUACUGUCGAAUGCCGUAAGUGCACCUCCGCCAGGAUGGAAACCAUAAAGAAAUUCAAAAAAACAAAAAUAUACGGACAGUGGAAUUAUUGGAUAAAUCCAAAACAAAAACAAAUUUGGUCAUACUUUAUGACCACGAUGAAUUGAAAUAAACAAAAAUAUUUAUUUUCUGUAUAUGCUAAAUUGAGCUGGUUAGUUGUAGGUAAAUGCAAAAUUCAGCAUGUUUUAUUAAGUUUUGUGCUGCUAAUUAUAUAACUCAUAUAUGUACCCACAUGUUUGUGUAUACGUAUGUAAAAGCACUAACGACUGAGGAGUGCGUACAUAUGUCCCUUCAAAUUGUUAAUUAAUAUGCUUAUUCUAAAUAUGAUUAUUUUUAGCCAAAAUUCAUUUGCAUACCCCGAGG